AUGUCUAACUAUUUGGAGGCGCAAGCCAUCGUGACCGAGGCCAGGUAUUUUUCCCAAACUCCUAUCGUGUUUUGCAUCCUGAAGUUUGAGCCUAGUGUUCUCCGCUUCAACACAAACUGCGAGCUCGCCGCUUUGACGCUCUUCCUCUACGAUUGUCUGGUGACCAUCGACAGCGAGGUCACGCUGUUCUGGCUGCCAGGCCGGGUCAACGGCGCCGUAUCUCUGUUCCUCGUGAACCGAUACUUCACCCUCGUCGCGCAGAUCCUAGGAUUCGCCCCGCAACCUAAGAAAUUCAAUAGGUACACAUGA